AUGAAACUUACAAGAAUAUGUCUACUUUUAACUCUAUUGGGUUUAGUGGUUAUUUGUCAAUCGCUUCGCUGCGCACGAUUAUGUACUUUUAUUCGCAUUCCAUUAAAUCAGAUUAUCCCUAUAAAUGCAUGUGCAAAUAUUACACGAAAUAAUUCACAAUGUUCAUUAUACGUGGAAAUCGAUCGGCAAGCUCUUGUUGCUACAGGCCGUUUAGGCAUCGAAAAUUGCGUUACUACUACUGCAAAUCGUGUAGAAACUAUUGUUAAGUUAAAUGCUGCACUAAUUACUAUAGUCAGGUAUACAUGUAAGCAAGACAAUUGUGAUACGGAAUUUCUCCUUGAAUUGUUUAAGACUGUUAGUAAUAUUGAUUCAGUGGGUGCAAACGUUACUAAGGAGAAUAUAAUUGAUUCUAUCUAUGAUGAUACGCUUAGUUUACCUACUAUCAAUUGCACUAGUAGUCAAAGAUGUGAAACUAAUACCGUUUGUCAAGGAAAUUAUGGAGUUCAAGGUAGUUCCGGCAAUAAUACCAUUGAACUUAAUGGAAAUCCAAUGUGUAUUAAAACCUCACAAGAUGAUUAUUUGUUGAAUAUUAAAGAAAGCUAUUGGCCAAAUGGUACUAAUACGACUGAAAUGAUUUUUCGAUGUAAUUUAGAAAAUUGCCUUGACGAUUCCAUCAGUGCACCGACAACUUACGAGAAACUUGAACCUUUUCGAAUUCUUAACCUAUUCAAUGAUACUGCUUUUGAUGACAAUGGAACUUGUCUGGGAACACAGUCAACUGGUAUAUCAAUUUUUCUUGGAUAUCAGAGAUUCAUAUAUUUUGCAAUUACAUUUCUUUUCUUUUCUCAAUAG